AAGCAGAAGAUGUCCUUAAUUGCCGCCCUCCCCACCUUCCUGUGGUCCUGGCUUUCUAAUUACUAUAUUUUCUUUGGGCUCCAAGACGAUACUUCCUUUCUUCAUCGUAUGACCUCCCCAUGAUCUGAGACACAUCGAGUGAUCUCCGUCGGUGAAACUGUCCCAUAUCGACCUGUGCUGCUCAUCCGAUCGGCCUGCCGAGGUCCCCGACGAGUCACUAUGGAUGCUCUCAUGUCCCGUUUAGAUACUAUUGUCACCAACCCCGACCUUGCACCUAUUCUCGCGCUAGUUAAGACCGUCCGUAAUGGCGCAGUAUACGGCGCAAAAGUGCGGUUUCCGCAUGCGUUGGUGAUGAUUUUUCUCUUUCGCUCUGGAACCUUCCGAGAAAAAGCAAAGCUUGUCCUGAAAGCCACACGCCAGCAUGCCCGGAACCUCGCGACCUUUGCUUUCAUAUACAAGAGCUCUAUGCUCGUCCUGCGAAACGUGAACCCCUCUGGAGUCGGAAAGGAGGGACGGUUUGACAGCUUCUUUGCUGGUCUGCUGGGAGGGUAUGCCGUGUUCGGCCGGAACAAGACCAGUAUCACGCAGCAGAUUGUUAUUUACGUUUUUGCCCGUGUGCUGCUGGCUCUUGCCAAGCUGUCCGUGCAACCGAACAUGCACCCCCUAUCGUCCCUUGUAACCCCCAGUGCUCGAGCCGAUAUUGAGAAACACGCAUGGCCAGUCUUUGCCAGUUUGAGCUGGGCUAUGGUCAUGUACAUCUUCCGCUGGCACCCGGACACCCUCAUGUCGAGUUUGAAGAGUAGCAUGGUUUACAUCUAUUCCGACUGCGAUCACUGGGAUUCAUUCCGCAACUUUAUGAUCCACAACAAAUAGACGACGACCUUGCAUCAGUGUGCGAUUUAUCUUGAGCGGCUGGGUCAGCACUUUACUUCGGCGUAUAGACGGCGCUCCUGUUUUCUUUCUUGUCGAUUUUUCCUCUGUAUUAUCUUUAUGUUUGGAUGGGCUGGACUACGAUAUCCCACUUGAAAGUGGUGCUGCCUACUGGGCAGCCCGAGUAAGCUGCUGAAUGAUGAAAGCCCUCCCGCAGGCGGAUGGGGGAGUUGAUGCUGCCAGGGCGAUGGGCUCUGAUUGUAGAUAGGCGAGUGAAAUAAAGCCAUACCGGAGCAUUGUGUGUCUUAUACCCUAAUGGUGCGGCCAUGUCACCGUCGUUAUGAACCUCCAUGCUUCUCGCACAGUUCCCAAACACUAGGUCUGAGUAAACUAAAGAACUUCAUCCUGCGUUCUACU